AUGGCUCGUAGAGAUCUUACUCGAGAUACCGACUUGGGUAUUGGUGCAUGUUGCUUAGAAGACGAAAUCGUCCUCGCGCCAGGGCCAAGCGAAAGCCAUGGGCCAGCGCUCGACGAUCAGGGGCCAUCCCCAGGCUCGGAAGACGAGAACCAAGACGAGGAUGAGAAUCCACUCCUGGAUGUGGAUGGUGAUACCAGCGCCGCCGGGAAGGGGAAUGUCGAUAACGAUGACCAUGUUGAACAGUUGGAAUGA